AUGGAGCAACCACCACAGCAGAGUAAUAAUGCGCAGGGCGUGCAUCAGUCCUCCGUAGGACAGGGCUCUAUUCCUGCUGAGUAUUGGGGUAAUAUUGAGGGCUUGUAUCCCGCAGUCGAUGCCCAGCAGUCACCGCAGCGGCAGCAACGACAACCCCACCAACAGCCUCAGCAGCAGCAAGGCCCGCAAGGCAUUACAUGGGACCAUCCCAUUUUCUCUCAAAGCAACCAGCAACAUCAGCAAUCACAAAUUACACAGCAGAGCGAGCAUGUGCAGGAUCUGUAUUCGGCAAAUCCGCAAUCAUGGAACCAGAACUCAUCAGCACCGCAACCUUCCAACAUUCCACAGGGUCAGGCCUACGGUCUUUCACAUCAGCAUCCCUAUCAGAUGCAGCAAUAUCCCCAAGAUCAGAUGUCCUACGAAUCCCCGUCAUUGAAUCAUAGUGAACUUGCUUAUCCUGCUUCGUACUCGCUUUCUGGCCAAUACUACCCCACGGCUGGAAUCCAGCCAACCGAUGUCUAUCCUCAAACCCAACAUCGGGCCAUCGCCCCCCGGCCUGCUUCUGCUCAACAGGCCCAAGUUCAGCCUGCGAGUAGACAAACAGCACAGACUCAUCAAUACAUCCUGCCGGCACCCGGCUAUGCAGAGAAUGUAAACCCAAACUUUAAUCAAUAUGCCGACACCGCUACGAACCUGAACUUCCAAAACACCAUUGAUCCACGCUUUCUGUCAGGAAUUCAAGCAGCAGCUAACCAGCCGCAACCCGGACAAGAUCAGUUUCUCUUUUAUAACCCUAAUGCUUCUUCCUACGACCGUCCGAAUGAUCCCAAGGCCUACCAAAUGUUCCCGGACAAUUUAGCCACUUUAAACCCUGAGCAACUCAAUGCUCGACAACACAUGCAUGCCUCGCAGUUUUCACAUCUGCCAGAACUAGCCCCCUACCCUAUGCCUACAAGCAUGCAAUUUCCUCCGGUGUCUGAAAAUCUCCAAGCGGCUCUGACUAAGGGAAAGACUGGGGCUAUAAAGAAGACAAAGAAAGUCCCCACAAAGGGGAUCAAGAAGGCUGCUGGGAAAUCGGUGUCAGACUCUGAGACUGACACUUCAGAUUCAGAGUUAGAAUUCGAAGAGCCAGAAGAACCCUCCCCUCUUCCACCCGUAAGGCCAGCAGAUGCGGACGGCGCUACUCAGUUUGACACUAUGAAAGCAGUGUGGUCGCCUCGCAAUAGGUACCCUAGUGCUGACAAGAUCAAAUCUUCCCUUGUAGCAUUCAAGGAUGUUGUGAAAGCUGUUAGAGAUGAAUGGAAGACUCAAAGCCAGGCAAUGAAAGACGCUGAAAAUCAAAAUAAUAACGAGAAAGCUGCAGAACUUAAAAAGAAGGUGAUCGAGCUUCGACAAACAAUGAACGUGGUCAUCAGCACAACACUAGACAAAGGCCACCCUAUCAUCAUUGAGAAACUAGGCGAACAUCCGAUGGCUGUGUCUGCAUUAUAUUCUUUUCUGCUCGAUCGUCAUCAGGCCUCUGACCACGAGGGCGUCUUGCUUGUAAAUAUUCUCAAGUUACUUGCGCGAUUUACUACGAUGGAUGAAGAGACUCUAUCCAAGACCAACGUUGCCAAACUGCUUCCAAGAAUUAUCAAAAAGGGCAUUCAGCCUGGCAAAGACCUUGCUCAGAAUAUCCUUGAGCACGCAGCCGCCUCGACCAAGCGAAAGCACGAGACGGCCAAUUCCCCUGCCAAAGACGGCACCCCUGAUAGAACGAACGAUUCGACUCGCGCAGACCUUGCCACGGGCACAAAGCGUCCUCGUGAUGGAGAGAGCAACGGGCUUCCUGCGACUAAGAAAGCAGCGGCUCCGUCUCUUGCGCGGGCUGCUGUGGGUGCGAAGGGGACCAGCACCAGCACAGCCAAAGGCACUGCCGACAAGACAGCUGCAGCAGCAGUAGCAGCUCGUCCCAAGGCCAGCAUUGUCCCGCCCAAACCAACCAGUCUCUUUGGCAGUCUUAACUCGGCAUCCAAGAAGCCUGGCACAUCCAAUGCUGCGCGGGCUGCGGCGGCGGCGGCGGCUGCCAAAGAAAAGCCCGGUGCGCCUUCCGACAAGAAAGAGUCACCUCCGCCUCCGCCACCACCGAAACCUGCAUUCUCCUUUGGAGACAUCCUGGCUGAUCUCAAUAAAAAAGAGGACACCAAGACGCCAAAGACGGCGGAGAACCGGCCGCCUGAGACCGAGGAAGCGCGCGAGAAACGGCUGCGCAAAGAGGCGCGUCGCAGACUGCGUGUCAGCUGGAAGCCUGAGGAUUCUCUCGUCCAAAUCCGUCUGUUCACGCACGACCCCGAAGAGGAAAUCGGCGCAGACGAUGACCUGAAGCGAGACGUGGGCGAUAUCAGGGGAGAAGGCCAGAUGUUGAAGCUGCAUAAAGAUCUGGAUGUGGAUGAUGACGAGGAGGUUGGUCCUCAGGAAGAGGAACUACGCCCAUGGACGAGCUUGAUUGCAAUCGAAAUGGAGAACCUGACCAACGAGGAUCAAUCCAAUAACUUUAUCAAGCGCGGCGGCACGAAGGAGCCAGAAAGUCCGGAGAAGGUGGCUCAAGAUAACCGCGAGGCAAACACUCUGAUGGUGUUCUACACGUCCCCGGCGGAUGUACCUCCUUCGCCUAAGGAACCAGCUGAGGUUGGUGAGGAAGAGAAGCCUUCGGAUGAGCAGGCAUUUGGUGAGCCGGAUGACAACGUUAAGGGUCGUUCUGCGCGAUAUUUUGCCAUGGUCAACCCUCCUCCCCCUCCCAAACCCGCAGCCACCACUCCAGCGCCGACAAAUGGUCCAAUUGACAUUGCAAAUCUUCUCAAAGUCAUUCAAAGUGCGCCUCAGCAGGCUCAAUCUACUCCUCCCCCGCAACCUGCACAACCCCAGACCGCACCUCUUUUAGAUCUUGAACGGACUUUUAGCAUGUUCCGUCAACCACAAGGGCAACAGCAACCCGUGCCACAAAUUCCACAAAUACCGCAAAUUCCUCAGCUGCCGCAAGCCGAUGCUCCUGCAAACCAGCCUAUUGACUUCCAAAAGAUCCUCGCAGUGCUCAAUGCCCAAAGACAAGCCGGCCAGCCGCAGCCAGCGCCAGCCAUUCCCAUACCCCAGUCGCAGCCAUCGAUCGUGCCCAAUCUCGCUGCAAUUGUGUCUCAGCUUGGUGGCAACAACGGAGCACAAUCUGCGGGCCAGCCUCCAUCGCAAUAUCCAGGCCUUUACGAAGAUCCCGAGCGCAAGCGUUUCCGCGAUAUGGGUCAUGGCUUCGAGAAUGGUCACCCGCAAGGCAAUGCUAAGCGUCCGAGGAUGUAUGUCGAUCCAGAAGCCAAGAAACAUCCGCGAGCUGGCUCCGUUGCGUGUCGCUUCUGGCGCGAGGGCAAAUGUCUGAAGGGUGAAGACUGCACCUUUCGCCACGAUCCUGCUGAUUUGGUCUAA